GUUUGGCUCCUGAGGAAGUGCGUCCCAGGAAGCCACCGUCCCGUGACGUCACCUGGGCUCAGGUGAGGGAGGGGCAUUGGACGCCGUUCACCUGGCUGGGCAGGUAAUGCCGAGGCGGGGCUGGGGGGACGGAGAGACCGGUGGGGUUGAAGAGGCGAGGCGAGUGCGCCGCUGGGGUCCCCCAGUGAGCUAGGCGCCCCCCCCAGCACCAGGCCUCGCCGGUCGCCCCUCCCAGCGCCCCCAUCCCUCACCUGCGUGCUGCCGCGCCCCAAAUUAUUAGGAGGGGGCUCCUUUCUCGCAGCCACCCACGGAAUCUUCCGAUCAAAAGGAGGAGGGGCCGGGGCCAGCUUGCGGGGAGCCGGCCCGGCUGGGGAAGGUGCGCCGCUUUGACCGUCUCCAAAGCCUACCGAGCUGCAGGAAGGCUGGUCUUCGCUCUUUUACUAGACGAGAUCAACACUUGCACGCCAGCCCUGCGCACGUCUACCUGGAGGUCGUCUGGAUUUCGUUGGGGAUCCCCUCUUCAGAUCUUCUGAAAUGGAUGAAGCAGCUGCUUAGAACCUCUGUUCAUCCCAAAGAAGGCAAGAGAGAAGGGGUCCAAAGGGCAGCAAGUCAUGCUUGGAAGGAGACCAGGGCAUCCUGUAAACCUAAGCAACAAUUACCUGCCCCCUCAAGAUGUCAUACCGCCAGGGAUCAAUUCACCUAAGGCAAGCGAUGUUAGCCUGGAAGUGUUCAGCGGCUCCACCCCUGAGCUCAAGCCGACCCGCAAGACAAAACGGGAUAGGAAAGCCUUCAAAGCCAAGCCCAGAGAUUUCAAUGGGAAGGGGGAAGAAACCAACACCUUUAUCCCUGGCGCCACAGACACUCCCCAGCCCCUGUGCUGCCCCACUCUGUCCCAGGCCUGGAGCGCUUACAAAGCUAUAUUCUGCUGUAUUGUGACUUGUGGGGACUGCUGUAGGGACUGCCAGGCCAGUAUCCCAUAUCCGUACAAUGAGCCAUUGACAGAUGACGGAAGGAACCGUGAUUCCAACGGGCGUUUGCCAAACACUCCUGCCAGUGGCUCCCCAACUGAAAAGAAUGGGAGCCAACCCAAAAAGAACACAGUGGGCAGCAGUUUUAGCUACCCUGAUCUGAAACUUAAAGGGGUUCCGGUCUUCCAGAACCAGAAUCCUAGUUCCCACAUGGACACUGAUUCGUGUUACAAGGAGCCUUUUCCAGACAAGACCUCCAGGAACAGCAUUGAAAAGCAGCCUUUCCCCAGCAGCCACCGAAGCUCUGAGGAACAUUAUUCUUUCCAUGAGUCAGACCUUGAGUUUGGAGAGCUGAGCGGCUCCAUGUCCAGUAGGGAGAUUGACGUCUUAAUCUUCAAAAAGCUGACUGAGCUCUUCAGUGUCCACCAAAUCGACGAGUUGGCCAAGUGUACAUCGGACACGGUCUUCCUGGAGAAGACCAACAAGAUCUCGGACCUCAUCAACAGCAUCACUCAGGACUACAACUUGGAUGAGCAGGAUGCUGAAUGCAGACUGGUCCGAGGGAUCAUCCGCAUUAGCACCCGGAAGAGCAGGGUUCGGCCCCGUGUUCCUCUCCCUGCCCUCCCCAGCCCUGAGGAGAACAUGAACCAUGGCAAUCUCCCAGAUAGCGGCAACGAGACAAUGGUGCCAUCCAUGGUCACCCGUGAAGAAGAUUUAUCUGUUCAGAUAUCUGUAGAAACCACAGAGGAUAUGAAAGCCAGGGGCAUGCGGCACGUGGCGUACAGCUCUACAGGACCCCCACUGAGCAGAGACUCAUCUUUCCAGGACACAGAAACAGACUCCUCCGGAGCCCCUCUACUUAAAGUAUAUUGCUGAGGAGAAUGGACCUCAGGGACAUGCACUAGGCAGCAAGUGAGUCUUGCUUUAAGCAGGUCCCCUUUUGUAAAUGCCAACUAUGAUGUCACUUUAUUCGGUUAAUGUUAAAGCCCAACUUGCCUACUUCUAACUUGCAUCUUAAAAAUCGGCCUAGAAGCAACACGAUGAGCGAAAAGAGACUGACACCAGCAAUUGAUUAUGCCUCCCCAAGAAUCCCAGAUUCUGUUGCUGUUUGGGUCUGCUGCAAACGUGCCUUCAGGUGAUCUGCUGGUGCCUUUCACCAACAUCUGGAUCAUGUUUCACUCUUGCAAGCCUAGAGAUGUGAACUGGACUCUCUGUAGCAACGAUGGCACUUUACACAUGCCUUUCUGAGAGUGGUGAUUCCAAAGACAAAUGCCAAAGGUUUAUGGACUCCUGCCAUGCAAUAUGCUAUGUCUGGACUUGGAUUUUACCAGCUGGGUGGCGUGUGGAGAUACAAGACUGCUGCAUUCCCCUCCACCCACCCCGACGCCAUUUACUGGUCCAAGAGUGCCUUAUCUGUGCUUUGGGCAGAUUGCAUGUAGAGAGCAAGUGACAGAAAGUCAUUCUCUAACUACAUGCAGUCUUCACUGUCUAGAAGUUGCCAACUCAGUCAACCAAAGCCAGUUGGUGUCAGCUGUAGGCAGCUCACCCAAGAUGCCACAUGGGGUGGCUCACUGACCGACCAUUGUAAAACUCUCUUUCUGUCCUUUCUAAUAUUUUCCCUUCAGUUCCUUGGAGAGCCUCCAAGUUAAAUCUUAGCAGGUAAGAGAAGCAGCUGGCUCUAAAAACUGAUUAGUUUUUUUUUUUAAAAAAUCAAUCCAAUCAUUCACUGUAAAUGUCAGGUUCCAGAAUGCUGUUUAGGGUGAGGGGAACCCAGUAAGGCCCCCUGUUUGGGUAGAAAUCCAUAACAAUGUGGCACACCUGCCUUUCAGAUUAUUACUUAUUUGAAAUCAAUUUAUCUGUCAUAGCUUCCCUAAAAAAGGGGGAGGGGAGGGACAGUAGUAUCAGCAUGCACUGAAUUCUUUGAAUCCUUAGUUCCUUCACACAGCUAAAAUACCCCAAGGUCACUGGUUGGGAGCCAUUUAUCGUUAAACCAGUUUGAAACUGGUGUAUGUUUUUAGUGCAGAUGUGCCAGAGAGCACUUGAACAGAGGUGCUUUCAGCUUUGUGUCUGGGUGUCACUUCCACCACUGUAAAGCAGUCUGCCCAUUGAUCUCUUUCUCAGUGCUCCCUUGUAGGGCUGGCCCAAGGAUUGGGGGCACCCCAGGCAAAGCCUGGCACUCCCCCAUCCUCUUCGCCUGCACAGGCAGGCAGUCAUCGUCGCCCACCCUGGCUGGCUCCAGUGGUGUGCCCGCCUGCCCACUAGCUGGCUGACUUUGGUGCACGCACAUGACCCAAGCUGUCGGUACCCCUCCCCACUUGGCACCCUAGGCAGCCACCUAGUUCUCAUAGGAAACAUAGGAAACUGCCAUAGACUGAGUCAGACCAUAGGUUCAUCUUGCUCAGUAUUGUCUACACAGACUGGCAGCGGCUUUUUCCAAGGUUGCAGGCAGGAAUCUCUCUGAGCCCUAUCUUGGAGAAGCCAGGGAGGGAACUUGAAACCUUCUGCUCUUCCCAAAGCGGCUUCAUCCCCUGAGGGGAAUAUCUUGCAGUGCUCACACAUCAAGUCUCCCAUUCAGAUGCAACCAGGGCAGACCCUGCUUAGCUAUGGGGACAAGUCAUGCUUGCUACCACAAGACCAGCUCUCCUCUCCUGUCGGGUGAGCCAGCACUUCUCCCUGGGCAGUAGAACUGCCUCAGCCAAUUAGGUAAGCUGCCAUCACUAGAACUAAUCCUACCAACAAAAAAAACCCCAACCCACCCAGAUGUAGAUAUUGCCGGUAUAGCAAUGCACGGUUAAAUCUGAGAUCGGUUUCUUGUUUCAUUUAGCUAGCACAAACAUCCUCAAAAGAAAAAGACAGAGAGACUGUGUGUGCCCACAAAGCACCUUAGGAGAUAUGCUGGCAAUGGCUAUGUGGUAAGACCGUGUCGCUGCUGCCACAGAUAUGGCAGUCGCCCACCCGCCAAAAUGCACUUGCACUCACAGGCAGCACUUUUGCAGGGGUACUGGUAAAACUCCUGUUUUUUUUCCCGUCAGUCGCAUUUGGCUGUGAUGUUUGUUCUAGCAGUUAGAGCAGGGCCGAACCAAGGUUGAGCAGGCCUGAGCCGGAGGAAUGUUUCAGCAAGGAAACGGGCCCCAAUCCAAAGCCCUGUCACUCCAUACUGGGCAGCUUCCCGUGGCUGCUGGCUUAUUGAGGGCUGUCUUUCAAUCGCUCGCUCUGCUGGAGCUGCUCUGCAGCGUACAAAACUCUGACCCAGAAUCAGGUUGUCUGUGAAUGAUUUAGGUUGGAAGCAGGCUGCUUCUUGCCCGUAGCAACACUUCAUGUUUGUGGGGACCCCGGUGCGAAAUCCUCCAUAGACAGCCUGAUUCUGGGUCAAGGUUCCAUAUAUAGCAGAGCAGCUCCGGCAGAGCAGACUGUCGAAGGCCAGCUCUCGACACUCUCCCAGUGUGAGCAGCCUGUUUCUGGUUCUGAUUCCUGAGCCACACUUUUCUCCAGUAGCCCAACUGCAGAUGUCAGUUACCAAUGCUGGGCUUCUGGGGGGGAUGCAAUUUGGGAACCAGACAGUGGCAGGAUCAGGCGGCACAGAAAUGAGCGGUGAUCGCUGCUUGUGCCAAGGACCAGCAGGUUCGGCCAACAUACUUUCCAACAGCCAUGUGAACCUUCACUGUCUGGAGACUCUUGGAAAGAUGUCGGGAAGAAAAGGACACGUAGCACACACCUUCUCUUCCCCCACUUGCACGGGCAUCACAAGCUGAAAGACCAUUACAGGUGUCUUCUCCUUUCCCCUGCCCUCCCAUCCUUGAAGCCUCAGCAGAUGAGAUCUCUGAUCCCUCCUGAGGCAGUGGGGAAACCCUUCAUCCCAGCGUCACUAAUGUGUACAACUGAGAGUGUUCUGAUUACUCACUGUUCACUUGUCCUUUGUCACAUUGUCCUUUCUUCAAGCUCAAACCUGAUCUCGGGCGGGUGUAUCUUUGUGUUUUCCUCUUCAGAUUUGGACUGUAGAUAAUUGAGUUGCACAUAUGAUGAUGGGGUGUGCUGAUUUGGUGUGUACUGAUCUCUUCCAGGUCUCUCUGUUGCAUGGGGAACUUGACCUGUCUGGAGGGAUAGUUUGGAAGUGGGGGAGGCAACAUUGUUAUUGAAUCAUCAAUUAUGUUGAUUUCUGUUGUGUAACCUUUGCAUUUGUGUAACCUUUGCAAUAACCUUUGCAUACUUCAAUGAGUUGGAACUUUAGAUUUCUGCAUUUGUAAAAAGCUAUUCUUCUCCAUGUACUAAGGAAUGAACCCACGGAUUGCAUCAGCACCCGGGAAAGGCCUUUGUCAAUGUUUCAAUAACCUUUGCAUACUUCAAUGAGUUGGAAAUUAAUAAUAAUAGUAUAAUAGUAAUAAACUUUAUUUGUUAGCUGCUCCUAACAAA